AGUUUGCCUUUGCAUUAAGCCUUUGUGCUGUGCUCCAUUCGUCCCUCUGCAGGACUGGUAUGAACACGGGACGCCGGCAGUAUUCUGGAUGUCAGGCUUCUUCUUCACCCAGGCCUUCCUGACGGGAGGCCAGCAGAACUAUGCCCGCAAACACACCAUCCCCAUCGACUUGCUGGGCUUCGACUUUGAGGUGCUGGAUGACAAGGAGUAUCGCCAGCCCCCAGAAGACGGUGUGUACAUUUAUGGGCUCUACCUUGACUGUGCACGUUGGGACAGAAAGACCAAGCUCUUGGCUGAGUCCUACCCCAAAGUGCUACACGACGCCAUGCCUGUGAUGUGGCUGAAACCCAUCAAAAGGCAGGACAUCCCCCAGCGUAUGUGCUACCUCUCCCCCGUCUACAAGACCGGCGAGCGCCGCGGCACACUCUCCACCACUGGCCACUCCACCAACUACGUAAUCGCCAUGGCGCUCAACUCGGACGUGCCCGCCGAGCACUGGAUCAGACGAGGGGUGGCGCUGCUUUGCCAGCUCAAUGCAUAGACUUCCCCUAUGCUCUGUUUUGCACCUACUAUUUAUCCAGUUUUAUGUAAGAAGAGUUAUGAAAAGGAUGUUCUCUGGCUUGUUUUUUUUUCACACAGUGCUUCAUGAAUGUAUUGCUGAGAAUAAUUUGUAAUGAUAUUUGACUUUGAUGGGCUACGGAAGCAUACACAAAAGCACAAGUGAUGCGGAUGAGCCCAAAACCUUAUAGAUGCAAUGCCUCUAUACCCACAAGCACUGGACAUUGAACUUUUGCAUGUUUUCGUAGCCUUGUGUUACAUAAUUGAACAUCAGCCUUAAACUCUUAAAAUUUGACACAGCUGAUUGCACAACAGCUGAGUCUUUCAACAUUUUGAUUAGUCUGCCAACAAUGAUUCCCAUUACAUUUUCACAAUAAUUCUUGAUUUCCAUGAUGUAUCUGUACAUAGAGCAACAUUUUAGAGCAACAAAACUUUCUUUAAACUAAUCAAAUUUUGUUUCAAAUUCUCCAAUGACAAAUACAAACACAGAUUGUUCUUAUUUUAUCUUGUUCUGAGGGCAGCUCUGCAGAAUCAAAUGUGAUCAGAGAUGGGUCAUUCCACCACUAGAGUGCCUUUUUGCUAAGGUAAUUUGGUAAAAAAAAAAAAAAAAACGGUUCAACUUCAUAGAAAACAUGUUUUCCCAUCUCAAGAGUUUAAAUUAAGAAAAAAUACUAUAGUAGGUGUCAAUUAAAGUAACAGGGUUGAAUUUUUUUUUAAAUCUUAAAACAGCCAUAACUCCCCUUGUGACAAAGGGGAAGGGAAGAUUGUUGUGUGCAACAAGGAUGGGGCAAUACAAUGCAAACUUCACAUUAAAAAUGAAAUUGUUAAAA